UUGAGGCUACCCAAAUUCAAAAUCAAUAUGGCGUCAUUUGUUUAUCAACAUAUCAUUUACGAGGAUUGAAAUCGAAAAAUGCGCUGCUUUAUUCUAACUGCAUGAGCGAUUUUCAUAUUUCGGUUUCACAUGGAGGUGUUCACAUUUAACAUGGAGUUUAAAGUUAGCCACUAUUCGACUAUAUAACCGGACCGAGUUGUAAACAACAGUAAUUGAUUGAACCAAAAUGUCAGUAAACCGCAGCAAUAUUGGGUACACUGGCAAUAUGAGGGAUUUGACGUUUUAGUCGUACCCCUGGUAUAUAUGGUAUAUAUUCGAUGUGUUCGCUUAACACGAUAAAAGGUGAGAACUAAUAGUUCUUCAAAUAGAAGAAAAUGCAAAAACAAAAACAAAGUGAAAAUACACGGAAUAUGCAGCAAUUUAAAUGGUUUAUGACAUUCACAAAAAAACGAGCGUCGAGAAUAGAAGAUGUGAACGAUGAUAUAAACAACAGAAUAACAAAUCGUAACGAUGGUGUAUUUUAUACGCUACGAAAGCAAUUCCAAAAAAAACUAACAUCAAUGAAAAUAAAAGUAUGUGACCCGGAUGCAAUAUCAGGAUCAACCGAAUCAGGUCUUGUAGUAAACAGUCAAUCCUCUAAUCCUACAUGUUCCACGGAUCAGCAUGAUUUGAAUAUAGCUGUUGAAAGGCAUAAUUCUAUUCGAUUCUCUACAUCAAAUAAUACCAACUUACCUGUGAUAUUCAACCGAGACGUUCCAUCAACUGCGUUACAUACGAUGCGAAGCCUAUGUGUGGAUGUUCAUGAUGGUAAUACCAAACUAGAUACAAUGAUGGAGAAUAUGCGGAUAGAAUUGUUAAAAUACGGCUGGUAUUGGGGAAAACUAACCAGAGCAGCUGCUCAAAAACGUCUUGCCAGACAAGACAACGGAACUUUUCUAGUGCGCGAUUCACAAACAGAGAGAUAUCAAUUCACCGUGAGUUUCCGGAGUUCUGGAAUAACGAUGCACUGUAGAAUAGACUACAAGGAUAACUAUUGGUCUUUCUCUGGUUUAACGACGCCUACUCAAUGUGAGACAAUGAUUGAUCUAAUCGAAGAUACAAUGAAAAAAUCAGAGUACGGUAUUAUUGGUUUUGUGAAGCAAAAUACUACCUUGACACCUCCAUUUCCGGUACGUUUAACAAAACCAAUCAAUAGAUUUUAUGAGGUUUCCUCACUACAGCAUUUAUGCAGAUUUAUUAUAAGACAACAAAUAGAUACUAGAGAUAUCAUGAACCUUCCACUGCCACCCAAGCUGAAGGAUUAUAUAGAAGAAAAUUUCUAUGAUUAAUAAACAAUCGACUUCAAAGUUCA